GGAAUUAUCAGCAUGGAGACAUUACAUAUAAGGCCUUUGAGACCAAGAACAACAAGACAUAAAAUUCGGAAAAUACUCCGAGAAUCUGAGGAGAAUUCUGAUGUUCCUCAGUUGACAGUGUCACAGGAUUAUGAAAGCAGUAAGGUGAUUAAACUGAAGAAUGGAUGUGUGGCAUCACAUUCACCAAGGAAUAAGAAUGCAUUUAUCUCUCCCAGACAGCAGUUGGAUCUCAUCAUGUCUCAGAAUGGAUAUGACGACACUGAGCUCUUAGAGGCACAUUUUCCAACAUUUGAGGAUCGCGUAAGGUCAAGGUCAUCACGUAGCGGGAGAGCGAGUCCCACACAUAGCGCACACGGGAGCCUCUUCCGCCAUACACUAACACAAAGUUCUAGACGUGCUCGGAAAGUACGAUUUUACCGAAAUGGAGACAGAUUUUUUAAAGGAAUGAUAUAUGCUGUUUCGCCUGAACGAUUUCGGACAUUUGAAUCGUUAAUGGCUGAAUUGACACGGAGUCCUUUAUGUGACAAUAACAUCCUACCUAAAGGUGUUCGAUAUGUAUUCACACUGAAUGGUAACAAAAGAGUCAGCAAUCUAGACGAACUUGAGGAGGGAGAAAGCUAUGUAUGUGCAUCGACGGGACUCUUUAAAAACAUAGACUACAACAGAGGUUCUAACCCCAACUGGAACCCUAAUGUUAAAAGCAGCCAUGAAGGCACUGAUAAAGCUGCUUUAGCAACGUCUCUUGAUCUAGAAGAUGACAGCAAGGAUUUUAUAAAACCACGGCUAGUGACGAUUAUUCGCAAUGGAUCUAAGCCUCGCAAAGCCGUUAGGGUUUUGCUCAAUAAAAAGACUGCCCAUUCCUUCGACCAAGUUCUCAAUGAUAUAAAUGAUGCCAUAAAGUUUGAUGGUGGAUACUUGAAGAAGGUCUACUCCAUUACUGGGAAGCCAAUUAAUUGUUUACCAGAUUUCUUCAAAGAUGACAAUGUGUUUAUUGCUUAUGGCCCAGAGAAGUAUUCCCUGGAUGACUUUGAUCUUGAUGACAAUGAGGUUAAGUUUGUCAGUGCCUACAGGAGUGUCAGACAGAAAGAGCGUAUUACGUUGAAGUCUCCUAAAGCUCCACGUCGAGUCCACUCAACAGUCAGUCCAAGCCAAUCAGGCAUGGAUUUGGCCAAGAUCCCCUCAUCUCCCCGCUCUGCAAGGAGAAUGAAGCCUAAAGUACCAGCUAAACCAAAGCUGACUAAUGGUGUUCACAAAACCAAUGGAGUGAAUGGACAUACAUCCCCUACAGGUGACAAGAAUUUACCAGCUAAACUUACAGACUUCUACGCUAUUGGCAAAAUCAUUGGAGAGGGGAACUUUGCAGUUGUGAAAGAAUGUGUAUCAAGAAUUAAGAAGAAAGCCUUUGCACUGAAGAUUAUUGAUAAGACAAAAUGUAAAGGCAAAGAACAGAUGAUUGAAAAUGAGGUUUCGAUUUUACGACGUGUGAAACACCCGAACAUCAUCCUAUUGGUUGAAGACUUUGACACAGCAACUGAAUUGUACCUUGUAAUGGAGCUAGUCAAGGGAGGAGAUUUAUUUAUGGCAAUAUCCACAUUGACCAAGUACACAGAGCAAGAUGCAAGUGGAAUGAUCUACAAUUUGGCUAGUGCUGUUAAGUACCUUCACUCCCUGAAUAUUGUGCAUCGUGAUGUCAAGCCAGAGAACCUAUUGGUGUGUGAACAUGAAGAUGGGAGCAAAUCAUUGAAACUUGGUGACUUUGGAUUGGCCACUGAAGUGCAGGGACCAUUGUUUACAGUGUGUGGCACACCCACAUAUGUGGCCCCAGAGGUGCUGACAGAAACUGGGUAUGGUUUGAAGAUAGAUGUAUGGGCUUCAGGGGUGAUCACAUAUAUACUUCUCUGUGGAUUCCCACCAUUUGUAAGUGCAACUAAUAACCAAGAUGAGCUGUUUGAUUUGGUCAUGGAAGCAAAAUUUGAGUUCACAUCUCCUUUCUGGGACGGUAUCUCAGACUCUGCCAAGGAGCUGAUAUCGAAAAUGCUUUUGCUGAACCCAGGGGACCGUUACAGUGCAGCACAAGUCCUAGACCAUCCAUGGGUUGCUGAUGACACUGCCAAGGAUUGUGACAUGCAUGUUACGGUGUCACGAGAGAUGAGCAGAAACUUUGAGAUGAAAGUGAGGUCAUCAAGCAAUGCAGCUGGAAUUGCAGUAAUUGCUAGUACAGCAUUGGACAAGAGCUCCAAAUUCUUCAAUGGUAGAAAGAUAGGUCUCCAGGUCCAGACCAAUGGUGACCAAGAGGAGGUCUUCUAAUCUCAAUACCAUCAAUCAUAUGAUGAUACUUCUUACUAUGUAAAUCAUCAU